UAAUCAACGAAUGAAAGUGAAUGGAAAAAGCUAUUCUUACCUGUACAUGUCUUAGUGUUAGUAUAUAUAUGUGGCAGAAAUUAAAUCAAACCACUCUCACCACAAUCUUUCUCUUUAAUUCCCAUUCCUUCCACCAUCAACAGAAAAAACAUUCGCUAAAGACAUCAUAGGCAGCAUAACAAAGAUUCAAGAGAGAUUUCUUGAAAAACAAUGACACUGUAUGAGAAAAACAAUGAACAACAACAACAACAACAACACACCACUAUCCUAGUGAACAACGAACAAACUCCUCUUCUACUACCAAACAAGAUAUCAAAGACAAAGACCGGCGGCCCCUAUAAUGAGCCGCCGGCCGCAUCAUUUACAGGGGCCGUGUUCAAUUUGUCGACCACCAUCAUUGGCGCCGGGAUCAUGGCCUUACCGGCAACCAUGAAGGUUCUAGGCCUUGCCUUGGGGGUUGGUGCCAUUGCCAUUCUUGCUGUUCUUGCUGAGUACUCUUUGGAUGUUCUGAUGAGGUUCAGCAAAGUGGGGAAUGCCGUAACUUAUUCUCAAGUCAUGGAAUCUGCAUUUGGACGUGUUGGAAGAAGGUUGUUCCAGAUAUGUAUCUUUGUCAACAAUUUCGGGAUACUUGUUGUCUACAUGAUUAUAAUUGGCGAUGUGCUAUCCGGAACUUCGACAACUGGAAUUCAUCAUUUUGGUGUAUUAGACGGAUGGUUUGGUGAACAUUGGUGGACUAUGCGAACUUUUGUUCUUCUUAUGACAACGCUUUUUGUUCUUGCACCACUGGCAUUCUUUAAGCAAAUAGAUUCACUGCGAUAUACUUCUGCUAUUGCAGUAGCUUUGGCACUUGUUUUUCUAGUCAUACUUGUGGGAAUCACAUUCCUAAAAUUAUUUAAUGGCGGCAUAACUACUCCGAGAUUGCUUCCAACUAUUACAGACAUGAAUUCUAUAUGGAAUCUCUUUACAGCCGUUCCAAUUCUUGUGAAUGCAUUUGUUUGCCAUUCCAAUGUGCAUACAAUAAACAUGGAGCUACAAGAUUCUUCCCGAAUCCAGCCAGUUGUGCGUGCAUCAUUGACUUUGAGUUCAGUUAUCUAUAUUCUUACCGCCAUAUUUGGAUUCCUUUUAUUUGGCGAGUCAACGCUUGACGACGUUCUCGCCAACUUCGACGUUGACCUGGGAAUCCCAUACAGCAGUCUACUGAACGACAUUGUUCGCAUUAGUUAUGCCUUCCACCUAAUGCUUGUCUUCCCUGUUAUCUUCUUUUCGCUACGGUUUAACUUUGAUGAAUUUAUCUUUGCUUCAUCUAAGUCUUUGAAUGCAACUAAGUAUAAGUUUGUUUCUACCACCGUUGUACUCGUUGCUUUAGUGUAUAUAGCUGCAAAUUUUAUGCCUAGCAUAUGGUAUGCUCUACAAUUCACAGGAGCAACUGCCACAGUUUGCAUAGGCUUUGUUUUCCCGGCUGCAAUAUCUAUAAGGGAUCCUCAUGGAAUUGCAACAGAGAAGGAUAAGAUUUUAUCCAUUGUCAUGAUUGUUCUUGCUGUGUUCUCAAACAGUUUGGCCAUAUACAGUAAUGCAGCUUCCAUGUCUGGAAUAACAUCUUAAGAUUCAUUCCUCUUAUUAAAGGAGUGAUCUUUAUUUGGUGCUUGUGUAAAAUGUGUGAUUUAUUGUAAAAUGUAAAUUUUCUUUUAUCUUAUCCUCAAGUGAUUUAUUGUAAAAUGUAAAUUUUCUUUGAUCUUUUUUCCAAGUGAUUUAUUUGAAAAACCACUUGGCUUCAUUAAUGCAUACUAUCAUGAUGUUUAUAUAGA